GUAUUUGACAUAACUCAUCUGUCAUCUGUCACUGGUCUGAGUGUCUGUGUCCGAGAAGAAAAGUAUUUUAUUUUUUUUUAAAGAAAGUCAAGUCAUUAAGAUAAAAUUUGUUAAUGAUUGUCUAUAAAUCUGGCAUUCAUUGUUGACCACUUUCUUAUUUAAACAUUGUACAAUGUCUAGAGAAAUGCAGUUAUUCCGAUUAUGGAAAGGGAGGUUAGCACAAGUUCGUCUUAUUCACGUUGCCGCAACUUCAAACGCCGCUGCAGCUGAAGCAAAACGAGCCGAGAAGCCAGCUAGACCAAAAACGUUUGCCAUUUAUCGUUGGAAUCCAGACAAACCUGACACUAAACCUUAUAUGCAAGAGUACACAGUUGAUUUGAAUUCUUGUGGACCUAUGGUUCUAGAUGCUCUCAUUAAAAUUAAAAACGAGGUAGACCCUACUUUAACCUUUAGAAGAUCUUGUCGUGAAGGCAUUUGUGGAUCUUGUGCUAUGAAUAUCGGUGGUGUAAAUACCUUAGCCUGUAUCAGCAAAAUUGAGACAUCCAGUAAGUCCACAAAGAUUUAUCCACUGCCUCAUAUGUAUGUAGUAAAAGACUUGGUGCCUGAUAUGAAUAACUUCUAUCGACAAUAUAAAUCAAUUGAACCAUGGUUGCAAAGAAGCGAUGACAGCCAAAAGAAAAACACUGAAUAUUUGCAGAGUGUAGAAGAUAGACAGAAGUUGGAUGGUUUAUAUGAAUGCAUUUUAUGUGCAUGUUGUUCUACUUCUUGUCCAAGUUAUUGGUGGAAUGGUGAUAAAUAUUUAGGCCCUGCUGUUUUAAUGCAGGCUUACCGUUGGAUAAUUGAUUCCAGAGAUGAAGCAACAAAUAAAAGAUUGGAUAAAAUGAGGGAUCCAUUUUCAGCUUAUCGUUGUCAUACUAUUAUGAAUUGUACUCGAACCUGUCCUAAGGGCUUAAAUCCAGGUAGAGCUAUUGCUGAAAUCAAGAAGCUCUUGGGAGGUGUAGCUAAGAAGGAUGCACCUCAAUUAAAUAGCGCGGCUUAACUAUGCAGUGUCAACAUUUGUACUGAUAGAAGUCUUAAUUAAAUUUUCAAAAUACCAUAUAGAAAAAGAACCCGAGAAACUUAAUAUUCACUAAUCUAAGCCCCUAAAUUAGUAUUUCCUUAUACAAUAAGUUAAAAAAUAUUUAUUUUCUUUUAGUUUAAUUGUUUCGUCUGUAGCACUAUAAGAUUAUUAAAUAAUUUGUGUUAAUUACUACUUAAAUUACAAAGUUUAUUGUUACUCUAGACUCUAGACCUAACAAAUUAUAUGUUAUCUUAAAAAAAUAGUGUGUUCACUGCAUGAUACUCCACAAAUAAGAAUAGUUCAGACAGUAACUUUCUUUUAACUAUCGACACAUAAGAUAACAUUUACUCCUUGGCAAGUUCAUUGGUGCCCUAAUCAAUCACAAUAGGGAACUUGCACUUUUUUGUUUUAUUAUAUAAUAUUGUUUAGUUUCCUUUAAAAAUAAGAUUUCCAAAAUUUCACGCCUCAAAAUCUCAUAAUAACUUAGAAGUACAAAUUUAAAAUCUUCUAUGUAUUUAAAUCAUUUCAAACGAUCUAAAAAUCGCGCGAAUUCUUGUGACGUCAUAUGAUCAUAUUUUGUAUGUCAUUUCUAACGUCUCAUUUAAAUUACAUACAAUUUUGUUUACUUUGGAGUUCAAAAACACAGUUUUUGAAGAGAUAGUAAUGAAUUGUGUGUAUUUUUAUUAUGGAAAAUAAAAGUAAAUACUAUGAAAGUGUUGUUUAAUAACAUUCUGUUAAAUUAAAACCAUUGAAACUCCCAAUAAAAUAUUUAUUAGAUUACCAGCGGAUAAGAAACGGAGAUUAAUAAAGUGGUUACAAAGGACAUUAAAGACAUGUUAGUUCAUUCUCAAGGUCUUCAUGGAUGCGAAGCUAAUGCUAAUAUAGGUGUCUGUUGUUUUAAUGUAAUAUGUGUUGUCUGCUUAAUAGUCUUUUUUUAUAAAUCAAGUAUAUAUAGAUGGAAAAGAUAAAAAUAAUAUAUAAUAUCAAUUGUGUGAAAAAUUUUCUUCCUUUUGAAAAUAUGUGGCACCUGGACAACAUAAAUAUAUUUACAAUGGGUAAAGUUAUCAGACUGCCCUUUAGGAAAACCCUCUUCGGUCAUUUUAAAAAAUUGUCUUAACAAAAACACUCAAAUAUUAUGAAAUAUAUAGUUCACAGCAACUAUCUAAAGAUUUAUAAACUGAAAUAGACCAUAAAAUGAUUACAAUAAUCAUAAACAAUAUUAAACAAAAACUUAAUGAAUUAACGACGCUGAAUUUAAACAUUAUAAUAAUACGACGUCGCGACCAAUCAGGUCGCCUUUUGGGCUGGCCGCUAUAAUGUGAAUUGUCUCUCGAUAUUAAUCAUCUUUAGGGGCCAAAUGAAAGAAAAAAACAACUUUUUUCCUUUGGUAUAUAUUUUAAAUUAUGGUCUGUUGGGAUUUAUAGCAUUUUGUCGAAUUUAAAAUUCUAUGUAAGUUCCCUAUUCAUUUAGGAUUGAUGAGAGAUUGUAAAGAUCAAUUAUGUCAACAAAGCUAAAAUCAUUGUGAAAAAGUGGUUAUUUACAUAGCUACAUAAAUAGCUUUUUCUUACAUUUGUCAAAGAAUAGAGUUGAAAGGGACACUACAUAGUCUUAAAACUAAUUAUUUCAAGAAGUAUUAUUCAUUGUCUUGAGUAUUUCAAACUGAAACAUCGUUUCAGGUUGUGAUGAGUUUACUUAAUAUUAAAAUUUACUUUUAAAUUUAAAUAAUCUGCAUAAGCUUGAACAGUAUUUAGAUUUCAAGCAAACAUAUUGUUUAUUAUCUUGCUUGAUGUAUUUUUUCCUGUGUUGAAUGGUUUAAAUAAAUAUUUUGUUACAUA